AAAGUAUUGAACAUAUCCCCACAACAACUAAUGUCUGGUUAUUUAGAGAGUCAAAGAUCGGUUCUUGAAGAAUUGGAGACUAUUGAAAAUGCCCUUGCUCUGAGAUUUAAACGAAAUCCUCAACUUUUGCCCACCUCAUUAGUAAACAACAUCCCAAUAAUACCCUCAUUUAAGAAAAGAUCACAUCAAGAAACGAUCCUACAACAACAUGAAGUGAAAUAUUUUGUAUCCAAGUACAAGGAGUUAGCCGAAGGGUCGUUCGAUGUAGAUAAGAAGCAGCAUAAAAAUCAAGACGUUCUACAAGAUGAAUUGAAACGUUUGGAUGAUCCUCGGUUCGAAUUUAAAGAAUUUGAUUCUCUCUUACUGUCUAUACGACAACAUCAUGAGUUAUACCCAGAUACAAACAAUGAAGACAUUUCCCAAGUGUACAAGAUGUUUUCUAGUGGUGGCCCCAUACUGCAGGAAGAAGGUCCCCGCAGAGCUAAACGUAGAUAUGUCUUGAGUGUAGCUGCAGAAGCACAGAUCAACCCAGACACUUUGUUCAGUCCUGCUGAAGAAUAUGGGAAAUAUUUGGACUUGACACAGUUCUAUGACCGGUACAGAACCUUAUCUAAGGAUAGUGAACUCACCUAUGUGGAUUAUUUAACAAAAUUUGAAACAUUGAAAGUUCAAGAUGAGUCGUAUUUGGAGGAUUUGAAAGAAUACUUGGAGUCAUUUCUUAGUCGUAGUCAGCCAUUUCUUGAUUUGAAUGAAGUUUCAAUCAAGAUGGAUAAGAAGGUUGAACAGGACCUUGCGGAGGAUACUUCUCUGGAUGCAACCGUUGAUGGGGCUGUCAAUGAUAAAGGUGAGAUUUUUUGCUUGGCGUGUGACAAAUGGUUUACCAAGGAGUCUGUCUAUAAGGGCCAUCUUACGGGGAAGAAACAUUUAAAGAAUUUGAAGAAAUCAGAUCUGGUAGUAAAUACUAAACCCCUCACUGCUGUAGUUCUUCUCAAAGUGCAAUACUUGGCAUCCCAUUUAAAUCAAAUUAAAUUGGAUACAAUUGCAAAUAUUGAACGAUUGGCCUCUCUAACGGAACGAGAACGGAUGAUUGAAGACAGUGCUACCCGCACAGAAGAGAAUGAAUUAACUGCAGUUGAGUCUGAUGAUGAUCAAGACUCCAAUCCUCAGGAUGAUGAUGAUGAUGACGAUGAUGAUGCAUAUGGGUUUAAAAACCUCCCGGUGGGCGCUGACGGUCAACCAAUGCCAUUUUGGUUGUACAAACUCCAAGGCUAUAACAAAUCAUAUGACUGUGAAAUCUGUGGUAAUGUCACAUACAAAGGUCGUGCUGUGUUUAAUAAGCAUUUCUCCAGUGCCAAACAUCAACAAGGAUUGAAAUGUUUGGGGAUCACCGAUGAAUACUUGUCGUUGUUCAAGAGCAUUGUGAGUAUCGAUGAGGCGGUAGAGUUGUGGCGUGGUGUCAAGAAGGAAAAACGUAUCCGUGAAGGUGACACGGAAAAUGCCGUUGAAGUGGAAGAUUCCGAGGGGAAUGUGAUGUCUGAGAAAGACUACUUGGAGCUCAAAAAGCAAGGUCUUUUAUGAUGGAGCUCCUUUUUCUGUACAAUACAAUAGGAAUGUAAUAUAUAAAUGUAUAUAUAUAUAAAUAAU